AUGUUGAAGCACUUGCAUCCGAAGACGCGCAUGUUGGCCAAGGACAGUGUUCGAUGGAAUGUUCUUAGCAUGGUGCUUCGAUAUUGCAACGUAGGGUCCACUUUUCGCUCUUGGAUCAGGAUCUUUUACACCAACACACUCAUCUACAUCUUGCUCAAUGAUAAACCGCUAGAUCCCUUUGAACUUGGGACUGGAUUGCACUAA